AUGUAUGAUUUGACACAGAACAAAAUGCAGCGAGCAAUUCAAGCUAUCGGAUCACAUGGCAGUGUGCUCAAAUCUGCUGUCCUGCAACACAUCAGUGUUGUGAAGCCUGCUAUGCUGCCCGCUGUGUUCCCACGCUUCAUGUCAGUAUCAUCUGCUCAAAUAGAGGAGAGUGGAUUUGAGAGCAGCACUGUUGCAGACAUUUUGAAGUCUAAAGGGAAGAGUGCCGAUGGAUCAUGGCUCUGGUGCACCACUGAUGAUAGUGUCUAUGAUGCUGUCAAAUCGGUAUGA